AAGCAUGCGCUGAAUAUACCAAAACUCGUCUAUGCUUUUUCGCGAAAUGAAGCAUAUUAUAAACAACGUGGGUAAAAAGUAAUUUGUAAUAAAAAAGGGAACUAGAAGUUAAUUUCAAUAAUGCUAUUAUAAUUGUACUUUAAAUAUUUAUAAUAAAACAAUUUAUUUUACCCUAAAAUGUUGUCGACUGUUUUGAAGUCUGUGUUUGGUUAUGAUGAUUUUAAAAGUGAUAUUCAAAAACAAGCAACAACUGCUAUUUACAAAGGAAAACAAGAUGUGUUUGUUUGUAUGCCAACUGGAUCUGGAAAAUCACUUUGCUUUCAGUUGCCAGCUAUAAUGAAAGAAAAUAAAGUUACAAUUGUUUUCUCACCGCUGUUAGCUUUAAUGAAGAAUCAAAUAGAUUUUUUAGUUAGUACAAAGAUAAAUGCAAGAUCAUUGAAUUCAAAUACAACCACAAAAGAAAGAAAUGCAAUAAUUAAAGAUUUAAUGUCUGAUACUCCAAAAAUAAAAUUAUUAUAUGUUACUCCAGAAAUGGGAGCACAACCACAUUUUCAGGACAUAAUAAUAAAACUAAAGAAAGCAAAAACAUUAUCUUAUUUUGUAAUUGAUGAAGCACAUUGUCUAAGUCAGUGGGGUCAUGAUUUUAGACCUAGCUAUAGACAGUUAGGAAUAUUUAAGAAAUUAUGUCCUAAUAUUCCUAUAAUUGCAUUAACAGCAACUGCUGCAAAGGAGGUAAAAGAUGAUAUUAUGCAGUCUUUAAACAUGAAAAAUCCCUCAAUAUUCUCAGUACCUGUAUUUCGACCUAAUCUUUACUAUGAUGUAUGGUUUAUAGAAAUAUUAGAUAAGCCUUUUGAACACUUAACAAAUUUUAUAAUAGAAGCUCUUGGUUCUCAAGAUGAAUCUGUUCCAAAAGUACAAAAGAGUUGUGGCAUUAUUUAUUGUAGAAAAAAGGAAACGACUGAAAUAAUUGCAAAUAAAUUAUCUAAGUCGGGAAUAUCUACUCUAGCAUAUCAUGCAGGUUUGAAAAAUCAAGAACGUAAUGAAGUUCAAAACAAAUGGACAUCUGGUGAAGUACCUGUUAUUGCAGCAACCUGUAGUUUUGGAAUGGGUGUAGAUAAGGGAUCUGUUAGAUUUGUAGUACAUUGGACAGUUCCUCAAAAUAUAGCAGCAUACUAUCAAGAAUCGGGUCGAGCAGGCAGAGAUGGUAAACCAGCAUUUUGUAGAAUUUAUUUUAGUAACGAAGAAUAUAAGCCCAUUGCAUUUCUUAUCAAAGAAGAAAUUACCAAGAAAAAUUCGGAACUUGUAAAAUUACGAUGGAAAAAUUUUGAGAAAACUGUGGCAUAUUGUCUUGAAGCAAAAUGUCGGCACGGAAUAUUUUCUAAAUAUUUUGGGGAUGGACCACCGCCAUGUAAAGAUAGAUGCGAUGUGUGCAAAAACAAAGAUCUUGUUCAAUCAAGGAUAUCACAGUUUGAAAUGUCCCAAACUAGGACAUCCCAAAAAUCUAGUAGUAAUUUUGAUGGUUUUGGAUUAGCAAAGUAUGACUGUGUUGACGAGGAAUACAAAGAAGAAUCAGGUUCAAGAGAGAGGCUCAUUGCUGAAAGCAAACGGGAAGCUAAAGAGUUAAUUGAUAAACAGUUUUCUAUUCGAAGAAACAAUAAUAAAAUGGACGAGUUAAAAAAACAAAAUCGCGAAGAUGCUAAACAAUCUCAUGUGCGCGCAGCUGAAAGUACUGACAUAAAAAUAAAGGGUUUAGCUGUUCAAGUGCGAGAACAUUUUUACAAUCAGUUAAAUUCAGCAUUGAAAGAUAAUUAUGAAAAAAUGGUUCCCGACGUAUUGGGACCCUUUCAAGAGAAACGUCUGCACAAUGUAGCACAAGAUCUUGAGUAUAAAGUGUUAUGCAAUACUAAAGUUGCAAACAAAUAUAAAUUUGAUAUGUCUAAAUUGAUUUCCUCUGUACGAAAAUGUACUAGCACUAAUACGCUUCAUGAGUGUUUGAGUGAUAAUGUGAAUUCAAAUAAUUGCACUACCGGUGAAGAUAAACAGGAAGAGAGUAACGAUAGUAACGAUAGUUUCGAACAAGAUACAGGGAACGAUAAUGCGAUAAAUAAGUUUUAUGAUAAAGAUAUUGGUACUUCUUUUAAAAAAUCAAAUACAAACAGAGAUAUUUCAUGUUCUACCUUUAAGACUGCUUUGGAACUUAGAAAUGAUAGAAGGUUAAUGGCAAGUACAGCUAACAAUAAAAAAAAAUAUUUGUUUGAUUCGAGUAUUUUGACAAAUGACAGUAAAGAUAUUAACGUGUUAGGGACGAAAAAUAAAGACAGUGAUUCUCCUGCUAAAGUGGAUAGUGAAAAAAAUAUGACGUUAACAGAAGAUAAAAGUAAUGAACUUCAGCAAUUAAGCGGAUUCACGUGUGCCCGAAAAAUUCACGAAGAGAAUAAAAUAUCAAAAACUGAAGAUAAGAAGUCACGCAAAUCUUCGAAAAAGUUAGUAAAAAAAGAUUCAGAGAAGAAGAAAACAUCUGCGAGUAAAACGGUUUAUGAUCAAAUUUUACAAGCUGCAAAUUCAAAUCCUAAAAGGACGAUUGAACAUGUUGCUAAUGAGUCACUUUCGGAAGAUAAUAAAAGUAUCGAUAGUACAGUUAUAACUAAGGAUGCAACAGUAAACAGUCAAACUAAAAACAAACGUAAAAAUAUCAAUUUGUUUAAAGACAAUACGAAUGCCGAACCCAAUAAAAAAUUAAAAUUCAGUGAAGAAAAGGUACUUGCAGUUGAUACUGAAAGAACUAUCGAUCAUAAUAGCGAAGUUAAUGUGAACGAAAUGUCUAUUAAUCAAAAGAUAGAAAGUGAAACCAGAAAAGAUGACAUUAAUGAUGUUCAAUGUGAAGAAGUAUUAUCGAUGAUAAAAACAGUGGAAGAAGAAAUAUCAAAAGAGGGGUAUACAGUGGUUCAACAUUUAGAAACAAAACAGGAUAAAACACGCCGAUCAAAACAUGAAAGCAAUAAGAAAGUACUUGUACCCGCAGAUAAAGCUACGCAAUUUAAGACUGCAGAAAUUUUGAAAACACAUUUAAUGAAAUACUAUCCAUCCAAGCGUAUUCCCGAUAGAACAACAUUUUCAAAAACUUGCAGAGAAAUGCAUUACAAAAUUCUGGCUAAAAAAAUAUUCGAUAAAGAAGGAAUACGAAAAUUUGUUGUAAAAUACAUGGCGCAGAACUAGCGACUUUAUAAAAAAUGUUUGUUAUACAUAUAACAGCAAUCAAAAGAGCCUAACCAUUGCUGGGGCGUCGACGAUCCCUUCAUUUGAAAUACAAGGAUUUUGUGGAUACUGAUUACUAUAAGUAUAGAACCCA